UUAUACAACAGGAGUUUUAGACUUGUUGACGAUUCUAUUUUACUACAAGUUUUGUAGUUACUACUAGAGUUAUAUGCAAUUUGCACCCCUUAACUUUGGACAAAAUGCACAUUGCACCUAAUAGUUUCGGAUAAUACACUUUGCAGCCCUAUACUAUUCAGCGCGCUACACUAAACACCCCUCAAGCUUGUUUCCGUUAAAUCUUGACUGUUAACGUUAGUCAAAGGAGGGUAUUAAGUCAUUUUACACACAAAAACCCUGCUGUCGUUACCCCUCCCUUAUUACAUCAAAACUUAAACCUAAAAACCCGAUCACACACACCAAAUUACAGAGAAAAGCGAAUUGAGCUAAAACCCGAUUACAAGCAUGAAAGGGAGAUUCAGAGAGCUGAAGAAUGGAGUCCCGGAUGAUGAUGGGUUACCAGUUUAUGAAGUCGUCAAUGAGUUAGUGGGUCCUCGAUUCUAUAGUUUAAAGAUACAUUAUGGAGGUGAUUUUGAUGAAAGCUUUGAAAAAUAUAAUGGUGGAAAGUAUACCUAUGUUGACUACAUUCCUAAGGAAGAGCAGAACAUUGUUGUGUUGGAUGAAAUAAUGCAAGAGUUAGGACUGGAGAAGGGGUUUUAUUCGAUUUGGUAUCACUUGCCUCAGACCAGACUCCAUAAUACAAAUGUGAUGCUGCUUGAAACAGAUGGUGAUGUCGAACAUUUUGAUGCAAUGUUAGUUUGUUAUUCUCAUAUUUUACACUUGUAUGUCACUGUUACAAAUCUAAGCUUCCAAGAGUUUCAAGACUUCUCUUUUACUCAAUUUGAACUUGAUGAGAGAGAGAGAAGGGUUGGUGAAAUGAGAGAGUGUGCUUGUCGAAAGUGGCAACUUACAGGUAUACCGUGCUUUCAUGCUUGCGCGUGUAUUUUUUUUAAGAAGGGCUCCUGGGAGGCCUAAAAAAAAUAGAAGUAAAAAAAAUGAUUUCACAGUUGAGGCAAGAGCUUCUGACCCCACAAUGUUAAAGAGAAAGGGAACUAGCUUAAGAUGUGGAAUCUGUCAACAAUAUGGUCACAAUUCAAGAACUUGCAAAAAGAAACAGAAGGCUGACAAUCAGGACAAGGAGAUGGAAGAAGUGCUGGGUUUUGUUGGUGAGGAAGAAGUAGGUGGACUAGACAAUUCCAAAAGAACACCUAGAUGUAAUUACUGCAAGGAGGUGGGACAUAAUACCAAGACAUGCACUGCUAAGCAACUUGAUGAGAGGAACAAAAGGAAAGAAAAAGUGGUUGAAAGUCAAGGAUCUCAAACCACACACCAAAUGGACAAUACUAGCAACCCUACAGUUAAUUCAAGCAUUACAGGAACCACACAUGGAGGUACUGCUAGACCAUUUAAACCUCCAGCCAAAGUUGGACCUCUGGGUGUAGAAGCAUCCUAUGUUGGAAAGAAAAAGACCUUCACUUCUUUGAGGAAUCUACAGAAGGCUGCAGUGAUAAGGAAAUAUUCAGUUGGCAAGAAAGCUUGAUCAUUCUCUACUAUGUAUUAAGUUUCUCAGACUUUGUUUACGUCAGUUAUUUUGCACAUUACAACUAUGUA